UCUAUAUAUAAUCUCUGGACAUUUCUGCAGCUCGCUUCCUCGGGAAUCGGACAACUUUCGAUAUCUUUGUUGACAAAAAAACCCGCAAUACAAAAAAAAAACGCACAGAGAGAGUGAAGUACAAUGGCUAUCACGGUGCCGAGACGGGGGCUCUUCAUCGACGGCGUUUGGAGAGAGCCUAUCCGUCGGAAACGCCUCCCAGUCGUCAACCCAGCCACCGAAGAGAUCAUCGGUGAUAUUCCGGCUGCGACUGAGGAAGAUGUAGCUUUUGCGGUGGAGGCUGCCCGGAGAGCAUUUGCUAGGAAUGACGGCAAGGACUGGGCUAGAGCCUCUGGGGCUAUUCGUGCCAAAUACUUGCGUGCUAUUGCAGCUAAGAUAACAGAGAGAAAGUCUGAACUAGCUAAACUUGAGGCAAUUGAUUGUGGUAAACCACUGGAGGAAGCAGCAUGGGACAUGGAUGAUGUGGCUGGAUGUUUUGAAUAUUAUGCUGACCUUGCUGAAGGCUUAGAUGCUAAGCAGAAGGCUCCUCUUGCUCUUCCGCUAGAGAGCUUUAAGGGUUACAUUCUCAAGGAACCCAUUGGAGUUGUUGGAUUGAUCACUCCAUGGAACUAUCCGUUGUUGAUGGCUGUAUGGAAAGUGGCUCCUUCUCUGGCUGCUGGUUGCACAGCAAUACUCAAACCUUCCGAGUUGGCCUCACUGACGAGUUUGGAGCUUGGAGAUAUCUGCCGUGAAGUGGGUCUUCCACCCGGUGUUCUGAAUAUUUUGACUGGUUUAGGCCCUGAAGCUGGUGGUCCCCUCGUGUCUCAUCCCAAAGUUGACAAGGUUGUAUUCACUGGAAGCAGUGCAACUGGAAGCAAUAUUAUGGCUUCCGCAGCUAAAUUGGUGAAACCUGUUUCUUUGGAGCUUGGAGGGAAAAGCCCCAUCAUUGUUUUUGAUGACGUUGACAUUGAUAAAGCGGUGGAAUGGACAAUGUUUGGUUGUUUCUGGACUAAUGGUCAGAUCUGCAGUGCAACAUCUCGGCUUCUGGUGCAUGAGAGGAUAGCAGAAGAAUUUUUGGACAAGAUGGUUAAAUGGACGAAGAACAUUAAGAUUUCAGAUCCUCUUGAUGAAGGCUGCAGGCUCGGUCCCGUCGUCAGCAAAGGGCAGUAUGAGAAAAUACUUAAGUUUGUCUCGAAUGCGAAGAGUGAAGGUGCGACUGUCUUGUGUGGUGGAGCUCGUCCUGCGCACUUGAAGAAGGGAUAUUUCGUUGAACCUGCUAUCAUUACAAAUGUGACUACUUCCAUGCAAAUCUGGAAAGAGGAAGUCUUCGGUCCUGUUCUCUGUGUCAAAACAUUCUCCACAGAGGAUGAGGCUAUUCGGCUGGCAAAUGACUCUGAAUAUGGAUUAGCUGGUGCAGUAUUAUCAGAUGAUCUGGGGAGGUGUGAUCGUGUAAGCAAGGCAAUCCAGGCGGGGAUUGUGUGGGUAAACUGUUCGCAGCCAUGCUUCACCCAAGCUCCAUGGGGUGGCACCAAACGCAGUGGUUUCGGCCGUGAAUUAGGAGAAUGGGGACUUGAGAAUUACCUGAGCGUGAAGCAGGUGACUCAGUACAUCUCGGAUGAGCCAUGGGGAUGGUACGAGCCUCCUUCCAAGCUCUGAGAUUAUCACAUAAACAGAAACUCGUAUAAUAAUGUAAUGAGAUGUCCAAGUCUAAAGACCCCUGUGUGAUCUCACUACAUAUUUGAAACAUAGACAAAGGUAAUGUUCCUUGUGUAAGAGAGACCAAGCUACUGUCUUGAAAUUCACUAAUUUGGCCGUC